CUUCCGCUCGAAAACAAAACUUGUGUAGGGCAAGAAACAUCACUUGCAUAUAUCAAAACAAUCAGUGAAAACAUCGACACAGGGUUAUACAUCUUGGUUACAUGUCUACUACUACUAUCCAGGACGAUUAUGACCACCUGUACACGUGCUUGGAAUCGGAUACCCUUCCUCCCGUCCCUACCGUGACGCAUUCUUUUCAAGAUCCCGAAACAUCAUGGCCCGAAGAGCCAAAGAUGUUUAUGUACCGUGCUUGGGCUUCGAACGCCAUGCCAUAUCAAGGCUUUUUGCCUGCCAAACUCGCCGACUUCUUUUGUGGUGAUCUGUUCAAACCCUUGGAAUAUGGAAUGUCUGAUCUGCCUCUUGUUUGUCUUGGUCCGGGACAAUGGGGUUUAGACAAGAAAAUGGUUGAGGAAUGGGCGACCCUCGAAGAAUUGUUAUUAUGCUUCAGGGACAUACUGGCUGGUCAGAUCGUGCGUCAACGUAGUCUGGGCCAUUGCAGCUUUCCAUCACCUCAUCGUUACGGUUAUCACCACACUAAAACCACUAAGAAGGCCAUGAGACGCGCUGCAGCUCGUUCUCGCGAUGCCUUCAUUUUCAUGGCCGCUGAAAUUUCGUAUCUAUUGGCCCUCGCUUCUGCUGAGAUUGGGGGAUACAAUCUUAACAGCUGGAACACGUUAUUAACUGAAACCGUUGGCAGUGGAUGGGCGGCUCUUGUUCGCCAUUCUUGGUUAGUUCAACACGAUAUAGGGUAUUGGGCUCAAAGAGAGUCCACCUCACGAAGGGUCGGGAUCUUCGUUGAUCCUCGAAAAUGUAACUUUGCGUAUUUUCUCAAAGCCUAUCUCGCAUUCGGAGUACCCGUUUGGAUUGAUUGGGGACCGCUGAUCAAUCCGUUCCCUGCUUGCGACCCCGAAUUGCAGACCACUUACAAAUUUUUGCUACCUCCGAAACAUAUCAGACCAAGAGUGAAGGCACUAUCACAUUUUGCGGAGGGUACAUAUGUUCUGGAAAAGCACAGAUGGCAGUGGAAGUUUUGCGACGAAAUGUUCGAUUUGGAGUGGAACAAAGUCGGUUCGCUUGCUUUACCACGCAAAGUGUCUCGCAUCUAUCCUUCGGAUGAUGACGACGAAGAGAAAAUCAACUACGAACCCGCGUCUAUGAAUUCUACGCCUCAUGUUUCCCCACGGCAGAGAUUAGGGGAGACUUGGGUAGAUUUCUUUUCUCGUCUCGAAAAGGAAACAGAGCUGAUGAUGCAAUACGAAUCCCCUCGAGAUGUAAGGAGGCGCGAGACCCGAGAUUCGAAUGCUAGGAGGCGAUGCUAUCCCGAAAGGAUGGCCAAUGUUUUCGUUUGGAAUGCCGUUGACGGUAAAGAUUACCUCGUCAGGUGCCAUGUACCUCACGAUCGUGUCGCCGAUUUAUGGGAUUUCUACAUAUCGUCCCAACGACGAUACUCCUCUUUCUGGGACGAAUGGGAUUUGAAUCACGAGUUUGAUCCUUCUGCUUUACAGGAUGCAGAAGAGGAAGAAGAGAUUCACGAAUCGGACAAUAUACCUGGUCCUUCUGUGGGGCCAGAGCUGCUUCGGCCGGUGAAGAGUAACCGUGAAGCGUGGGAAGCGGCUUACAUCGAAACAUUCAAGCCCAAACUUCAAGGCAUGACGCCAACGCAAAGGGACUGCAUGUCUUUGGAAGCGGUUGUGCGGUACCGCUUGGGGAUCGUUCUGGCUUCGUCGCCCUUACCGGAGACUAUCCUGACCGCUGUGGAAAAAGCUCAGGUAGACAAAGGCUUGAGAUUGAUGGGGUGUGACAGCGCAGCGAGAGACGAACACUCUCCUUUGAGUAGUAGAGCCAUAUUAACCUUGAUGGAUGGGUUUCAAUGGCUACGCGAAAUAAGGUCGCCUGGCGCGAAACCUUAUAUUGGUCAGAUCCCCAGAGAGGCAUGGGACGUCAGUUUAAAAUGCUCUCAACGCCUACAACGCGAACACCAACAUCUUACAGUCGUAGCUGUGGAAUCCUGGGACACAUCAAUUGCCGGGUACGAGAUCCAAAUGAAGGGUGGAAAUGAGACAUCGUACAAACUUAUCCUGCCCCGCGCGGCCGAUGUGUUGUACGUUUUCCGCUUGCCGUUUGUGUUAUGUCUCGACGACAUUGUGGAGGACCUUUGCUCCCACGGAAUUCCAUUCAUAUUGGGCCAGAUAGUAGACAGAGAUAUGCCGUUCUCAAAGCCAAAACUUCCCCCUGUACCACCCCUGUACAGGCCCAGUCGAUUUGUACCAGACGUGGAUGACUUCAAGAUGUACCUUUGGAGAAGAGGAACAUUGUUCAGCAAUCUCUCCGUGGUCAGAGCCGCAUUGAUGUGCGGAGGAAUUAUCUGGCGCAUUGCAUUGGAUCAUAUCGGCGAUCCGAGCCUCGUCUUGUCUGCAUUCGAUAAAUCAGGUCCCUGUGAUAAAAAUAUAACCCGGUGGAAGCCAAAUCUCUCGCAUAAAGAGCCCUGGGUAACUUGGACGGAGACCCUUUCCUCGAGCGAGGAAGACAUCAUAUGCGGGGUUUACAACAUUGAGAGGAGCAACAAUCGACCAACACAAGUCUCGUGGUUUCCCAAAAUGAAGGCAUUUCGUGAUUCUGGGUUAGAUCUAGGUUUUUGGUCUGCCGACGCUGAGAGAUGGUAUAUUAAUAGGGUGAAGAUGUAUGCCUCCGGCGACCCCAAAGCAAGGUGCCAGGGCCACUCAGACUGGAGGCGUAAUCUUCGCUUAUGGAUAGGUGCUUCGCAAUUGUAUGAAGGGAUGGAGAUCGUCUCUAGGCGCUUCGUAGACCGACAUUUUAUCUCUCACUAAUACUGUUCACACUCAAUGGAUGCUCGGGAGUCUUUGU